AUGCGCUUCGAAAUCGUCUUCGUUCUGUUUGCGGCGGUCGCCAGUGCCCUGCCCCGCGGCGGAAGCGAACAGGUUGCAUCACCAGGAAAUCGAACGCCCAGCGACAACAUCUAUGUCAAUGUCGAUGUCGAUGCCGACGACGCAAGCAACUCCCACCUCUAUGGCCACUCCGUCGGCCACUAUGAAAGUCGCCUCGCCCAUGCGCGGUGA